UGUAUAUGUACAUAAAUAUAUGUAUCUUACUUGUAACCAAACGUUACUUCAUGGUUUAGGUAGGUAACAGUAUAGGUUAGAUAGGUCUUUAACUUAUUCCUAACCUCAAAUAUGCGCACUGGAGAUUCAGACCUGUCUUUAACAAUUUACAUUUAAUAAGUGAAAUAUUUAUUACUGAUAAACUAAGAUAAUUUAUACACAAAUAUGUUGAGAGUAAAACAAAUAAGCGGUGUUUGUUCUUUAACAUUGGGCAAUCUUAUAAAGAGUGAACAUUUUGUACCAAAUGUAAUUUACAUGCAAUGCAUUAGAUGGAAAAGGAAACCUAUUUGGUUACCCACUGCAAAGACCAAGAUGUUCAGAGUACCUCAAAGACCACAGAUACCUACGGAUGAAUAUUUAGAACUUAAAAGAUUAUUUAAUAAUUACAGAACAUCUAUGAAAUCGCUUAUGAAUCAUUUUGAAAAUGAAUUUUUGAAAAAUCAAGAACAAUUUGAUGAAACAGUUAUAAAUAAACAAGCGGAAGAUGAUUUUAUAAAGUGUAAUUUAAUAAAUGAUGAAUGGAACAAGAAAGUAGCCAAAGUAAGAGAAGUUAGAUUGCCAAAAGUAAAGAAAGCAAACAAAGAACUUGUAUUGAAAAGAUUAAUAAAAAAAGAGGAAAGAGAUUUAUCGAAGAUGCAAAAAAUAGAGGAGCAUGUUAAAAAGCUUAAAGAAGAAGUAAAAACUUUCAUAACUGCUGAAAAUAUAGAUGAAGCGAUCGAGGAAGCAUUAACUAACAUUGUCAGUCAUGACUAUGCUAUAGAUUUAAAGGGAAACAUUUAUAAAGGAAAAUACACCAAUGGUCAAGAAACAAAUGUAUAAAAUAAUAAAGCUAUUAGCUUAUAUAAAUAAAAAUCAACAUAAAAA